AUGCCUGCCUUGACGCAGGUUCCUACAUCUAUUACCUUGUCUGCUGAGCAAUUUGAGAGGCUUUAUUUGAGUCCUAUGAUGCAUCGCCAGCCGACGCUUGCGAAGAAUCUGGGAAACCCCACUCCACUGGGCAUUGGAGCUUUCGUGCUCACAGCCACGCCACUUGCAUGUUGCUUGAUGGGGUGGAGAGGUGCUGGUGGGGGUGGUGCUGCAUUCACUGGAGUUUUAAUCUUGCUGGGUGGACUCUUGCUGGUCCUUUCCAGCAUCCUUGAGUUCAUUCUUGGAAACACAUUCUCUUCAGUCGUGUUUGGUCACUUGGGUGGAUUUUGCUUGGCUUUUGGUGCUACUAUGACUCCAGCAUUUAACUCUGCAGACGGAACCAAUACGUUAGCAGGUCUUCACGGUCCCGGUUUUGUCGACACAUUCGCGUUUUUCUUCCUAUUCAUGGCAUUAUUGAUGUUGAUAUAUACUGUGUGCGCAACCCGCACCAACAUCGUCUUUGUGCUGAUCUUUGCAUGCCUGAUUUUCGUCUUCUCUCUCUUGGCUGCCGCAUACUGGAAACUGGGUCUUGAGGACGAGGUGACUGGUAACCGGUUGACUGUGGGUGCUGGUGCCGCUUUGUUCGUGGCUACGAUGUUAGGAUUCUACUUGUUGACGGCACAGCUGCUUGACUCUGUGGGUUUCCCUAUUUGUCUGCCCAUUGGAGAUUUGAGUGCAGUUUGGAAUCGCCGGAGCCAACGGUUAGUUUUAUAA